AUGGGCUCAGUUAGGUCAGCCAACGACCAAAAAACAGAUCUGCGCCUCCGCGGGAAUGGUGAUGGAUCGAAAACAGUGAAAGAAAAGACCUCGCAGGGUAACUCGAUAUUGCCUACCAACUCGACCAGUUCCAAACGACGAUAUGGCCUCUUUCGUGUCAAAUCUGCAGGAGAGAGCGGUCGGACUGGAAUACACCCAUGGCAUCUCCUCAAAGUAUGCUUCAGGAGUGUCUGCACACUGUCAAUGGUGGUGAACAUUCUUUGGCCUUUUGUCCCUGCCGCUAUCGCUAUACACUUUGCUCGACCCGACCUUCAUGUCUGGAUUUUCAGUCUCAACUACAUCGCCAUGGUGCCCUCGGCAAACUUACUCGGCUUCGCAGGUGGAGAGCUAGCCAAGAAAUUACCCAAGAUGCUGGGCAUCUUGGUUGAAACGACACUAAGCUCCGUGGUGGAACUUGUCCUAUUCAUGGUCCUAUUGCAUAACCAUAACCGAACAGACCAUGUCGAUCUGAUCCCCGUUAUCCAGGCCGCUAUCCUUGGCUCCAUCAUGGCAAACCUCCUGCUUUGUCUAGGCAUGUGUUUCUUUGUUGGUGGCAUCCGACGCGAGGAGCAAGUCUUCCACGAAGCAGUCAGCGAGGUCGGUACUGGACUGCUGCUUGUCGCAGGCUUUGGACUUUUGAUUCCUAGUGCUUUCUACUCGGCGCUGCGUGGAAGUGUCAAUGAAGAGUUCACACUUGACGACUUAGGUGAUUAUGCUCUGACAAUCAGUCGUGCCACUUCGGUUAUUCUUCUCGUGGCAUUUUUGACCUACCUGGUCUUUAAUCUUCACAGCCACAACUCCAUCUUCGACGAAGUCCUAGCGGCAGACGAAGAUAACGAUGAAGACAGACACGAGGAACGCGCCAGGGCUAAGCUCACAUUGAUCGAGUGCUUCCUUGCCAUUGCAUUUGCCCUGACUUGUGUUUGUAUGUCCGCCGUGUUCCUGGUCCAAGAAAUCGAGUACAUUGUGGCUCGUGGUGUCUCGGAUAACUUCCUCGGGUUGAUCCUUGUCCCGCUGGUCGAAAAGGCUGCGGAACAUCUUACUGCUGUUGAUGAAGCCUGGGACAACCAGAUCAACUUUGCACUCUUCCACUGCCUGGGCCCUUCUAUCCAGACUGCACUGCUGAAUGCACCACUUACCGUCAUUGUCGGCUGGGGAAUGGACAAGGAGAUGAGUCUGAACUUUGAAAUCUUCAUGGUUGUUCUCCUUGUUCUGUCGAUUCUGGUUGUCGGUAAUUUCUUGCGAGAUGGCAAGUCCAAUUACCUCGAAGGAGCUCUUUGUGUCUUGGUGUAUUUCAUCGUUGCUGUUUGCACUUGGUACUAUCCUGGAGUGGAAAUUGCCUCGACGAACCAGUAUUAA